CUAUUCCGCACCCCUUCUCUCUCUCUCUCUCUCUCUAACGCACACUUCCCUCUUCUUCCUUUUACUUUUUCUCCUUUUGUUGGGUCCCUCGGCCUGCAAACCCAGCAAACUCGGCUGGGUCAUUAUUAAAUCUUCCCCAGCCAGCAACUCCCUCAUACCCAUCUCAUUUCCCUUCACCACCAUAAGCCCCAUCUCUCUCUCUCUCUUUCUCUCUCUCUCUCUCUUGUAUUUCUUGGGGCUUUGCAUGGGGGAGUCUGUAGGAGACGCCAAGGUCUGGUAUCACUCGCAGUUUCUCACUAACGACGACCCACUCAUGGACAAGGAAAACUUCAACAAAAGGGGUGUCAACGCUGGUUUCGCACCCGGUUUCAGUUUUCCCACCGAGUUUCCAUACGAGUUCGACUCGUUAGGUCCAAACUCGUCCGUCAACUCGCCCGUUGAGUCCGUUGCGGGUUCCACCGAGACCGAGGGCAGCGACGAGGAGGAAUUCUUCGCCGGGUUAACUCGCCGCCUGACUCAGUUCACGCUUCACGAAACUCAGAAACUCGCCGUUAAGCCGAGUCUCCCUCAGAACAAACCAGAGUGGGUCAUGGCCGGGUCGCCCCAGUCGACUCUGAGCGGAAUCGGGAGCUGGUCCGGUCGCAGUGCUGUAUCGAGCAAUGGAAGCCCAAACGGUCCCUCUCAGUUUCCGUCUCCUCCGACGACGCCGUUUGGUGCUAAGAAUGACACCUGGGAUCUCAUUUACGCAGCGGCUGGGCAAGUUGCGAGGCUGAAGAUGGGCGGUGAGUCGCCCAAAUACAACUACCAGAGCAGAGGACUGCUCGCUCCUCCGAAGACUACAAAUCCAACCUCCGCGGCUAAGAGCUGUAGCUUUGGGUUGUACUCCAACCAGAGUCUCACUCACAAUCUCCCACAGACGACUCAGUUUCAGCAUCUGAGGCAGGACCAGGUGCUAAAGUCACAGCGGGUUCCAGUCUGGGAGAGACAACAGGAAGUGAAGGUGGGGUGGUCAACUCAGCCGCACCAGCAAGAGCAACAGAUCCAGAACAGGGUGAGAAACACUACAGGGUACGAGAGUGGAAGAUGUGGAAAGCCUAUGGGUUUGCCCCAAUCUGCAUGGCCUUCACUGCAAGCUCAGCAACAAAAUCAACUCCCACGCCACCAUGGUUCGGGCACGCGAGCUGGUUAUCUCGGUGGAUCUGGUGUGAAAAGGGAGAGCGCUGGAACUGGAGUAUUCUUGCCUCGCAGAUACAAUAGUGCGCCGGAAUGUUGCAAGAAAACAGCUUGUCCCACAGUCAUCGUUCCGGCCAAGGUUGUUCAGGCUCUGAACUUGAAUUUCGAUGACAUGGGCGGGCACGCUCAGCCACGCUUCAAUACUGGCUAUGCCUCUGACCACGAUGCUGUUGUGGCGCGGGCGAAUGCGAUCUUGAUGCAGCAAAGGCGAAGUUUACGGCCGGAGGGGGCUCUGAACCACGAGAUACGCCUGCCUCAGGAAUGGACAUAUUAAGCCUGCAAUGGGUGCUGUGUUUGUUUUGGUUGGACACAGAAAAGCAGUAUAGAUGUAGGAGUUUGUGAUAGUAUAUGGUAUUUUGGUUUUAUUACAAGCAAGGAAUUCAAGAAUGGGGAGUGUAGUUGUUUUUGUUGCAAUAAAAAAGAUCCAGAUUUUUGAGGAGGUUGCCAGCUUUUAUGAACUACCAAGCUUUAGGUGAAGUUAGUAAAGAACAGAAGGAAUUAGCAGUGGUGGUGAAGAUGGGUUUAAUAAGUGGUGGGUAAAUUUCUUUGGUGGGUUUGUGGGCGGAAAAGAGUGUGUGGGGGGGGGGGCGCAAUGUGUAAUUUUGGGGGAGGUUUUUACUUUUUACUGUGGGUGAAAUGAGGUUGUAGAUGGGGUGUAAUCCACAAACCUCUUGUAAUGAUCGGUUAAAAGUUUAGUAAUAAGAAAGCUCUAAGUUCUGUCUAA